UGGCUGUGGAUAGCGUCAGCCCAUAUCAAUCGCAGAAAUUCGCAGAUCGCAGCCCCGAAUCGCAGCUUACGCUUGUUUUUGCGUUUGACAGGCGCCUGUGGUAGGAAUGUUUUUGCAAGAUUUGGCAAACUGUGCAUUUAUGCACAAGGAUAGUACGAACGACGUUGAUUGCAACGACGAAAGUUUGGACUGUGACAAUUUUCCAGAACACGACGAAAGGGAGUCAGACGAAGAUACCGAAGAUGCUAGUGAAACAGACAUGGUCAAGCAAGAAGAGGAAUAUACAGAAAUUAAAGAACAGAUGUACAGAGACAAGCUGGCCACACUGAAGAGGCAGCUCUCUCAAUUGAAAGAAGACACUCAUCCCGAAUACCUGAGACGCUUGAAGAAGAUCGAACAGGUGUACCACGAGAGGCUGUUUCUCAAUGAAGUUUUCCAGACACACGAGAUCGAACGGGUGGAACGCGAAUACAUCAACGAGAAGAAGGCCGCAGUACGCGAGUUUGAAGAGAAGAAGAUCGACCUGAGGGAAAGUCUCAUUAUGGAGCUGGAAGAGAAGAAGCGCAUGGUGGAGUCUGAAAGGAGCACCAUUGAGCUGACUGGAGAUUCGAUGGAAGUGAAAUCGGUUACGACGCGCAAGCUGCGCAGGCGUCCAAACGACCCCUUGCCCAUCCCGGAGAAACGGAGGAAGACCUCACCGACCCAGCUGAAUAUACUCCUCGAUGAAGGCGACAUAAUCGACGACCUGAGGACCAUCAACAAGGGAAAGCUUGCAACGCUGCACAAGAGGACUGAGGGUGAUGGCUGCUUGCAGCUUUACGAUGCCAGGAUAGAAGAUGGGAAACUAUUUUACGACAAAAAAUGGUACCACCGGGGCCAAUCUGUCUGCGUGGAGUCCAAGGACACCGGACGCUUCUUUGGCAUCAUUUCCACCUUUGGCACGUCCGAGAUCUUGAUAAAGAAGAGCCACGACAACGUAAAAGUCAAGGUCCAUCUCUCCCAGCUGCUCAGGGGGAAAGUGUUGCUCCGAAGGAAGUCCACCUAGGUGACGACGGGCCACGUGUUCAAUCCGCGGCGGAAUAUCUGAAGAGCACGUCGACAGCGAUGGCUGGUGGCUUCCUCAUUUUGUGUGCGCACGUCGGCCACCGUGGCCCGUUCAACAAGCGCGAUAAGUAAAGCUGCGGAGAUGCGGAAGAUGUUCUGCGGGCGAGAAGAAAAUGUUGCAGCAUUCUCCCAAGAUUACUCAGUGACUCGUCCCACAUGCUUUCCUCCCAGCCUUUCGUGACUUUUCAGUGCGCGGAGAAAAUUCAUUUCUCUCCGGGCGUUCCCGUUUUGCUUUUGUCUCAGCGCGUUCGGCUGUGCAGGUGCCAACGUUAUCAUUCGCAUCUGGCAUUGCUGUCAGCACUGAUCAGGUUUUACCCACAAAUCAAUUGAAGUCCUUACACCUACCUACCUACCUUCUGUACCUUGCCUGUACAUUUACCUUCUGUAAUAUAUUGAAUAUUCCCACAAAAA